AUGGUCUCCCCAUCAUCGGCACUCGAAUAUCAGCCGACAAUCUACGCGUGGUUGAUACUCUUUUUUGUCGUUUUCCCCACGAUCUACCUGAGUGGAAAGGUAACAGCCGCCAUCCUCCGUUUACUAUUCCGGGUUUUGUUCUAUGUAAUCGAGUUUCUGACAUUAGAAUGGUUGAUGAAAAGCGCUGAAGAGGAGCUCAUUAUGGAGGAUAUCACGGAAACAAUUGUGAGCCAAGAAUCGGAUGUGAAAAGACGAGAAGAAAAGAUUCGGAGAAGGGAAAAAAGGAGGGAAAAGAAUCGAGAAAGACAAAAACAUCGAGAGAUUAUAACAAAGACAAAGAUAACGGUUGUGGAAGAGGAAAGAGAUACGGGAGAGGAUGGAUUGGGAAGUGAAGCGGAAACGACGACGGAUGAGGGGCUGAAAUGUUCCCAAAUUCAGCCUGAGUCCACAGCAAGCGGUUUCGUCACAACAACCACUCAUCACAAUGGAUCGACGAGGAGUCGGCGA